AUGAAUGAAAAUUGCAGUUAUAAAUUUUUUGAAGUUAGCAAUAAAAUCGAGAUCAAUAUCCCCAGGUCCUUUAUUAAACAUCUGAUAUUGCAUUUCUUUUCUCGUUCUUUCUUUUGUUUUCUUGCUUUCUUUUUUUUUAAUUCUUUCAUCUUUGAUUAUCCUUCUCGUUAUUAUAAAAAUAUUUUUCUUUUUUUCUUUCUUUUAGAAAUACUUUCCCAUUUUUCUUCUUUCUUUUUUGAUACUUUCUUUCUUUCUCUUAGCAAAAAUUUCUUAUUCUUCUUUAAAAAUUCGUGCAAAUUUCUUUCUUUCUUUCUUUCUUUCUUUCUUUCUUUCUUUUUUCUGCAUUUUUUUCUUUCUUCUCAUUCUACUCAGAAAAUCCUUACACAUUUUUUCUUUCAUUAUUUUUUCUUCGCAUCCUGUUCUGAAAGAAAAGUCCUGAAUUUAAUAAGUUUUUCUUUCUUUUUCCUUCUUUUUUCUUCCUUUUUUCCUUUUUUCCCUUCCAUCCUUUCUCACUUUCUUUUUAUUCUUUCUUUCUUUCUUUCUUUCUUUAGCAAUUACAUUAUUUUUCAUUCUUAUAAGUUAUCUUCCAUUUAUUUUGUUCUUACUCUUUCCUUAGCUUUAUCGCAGAUUCAUCUCUUCUGCUUAAACCCUAGAUUUUCUGUAACCUUUUCUAUCCUCGUCUUCUUCAUUUUAUCCCCCCUUCUAUUAUUAGGUAUUGAGUACCUCUCUUCAUCCUAG